AUGUUGGCCACCAAAGGCCGGAUCCAGGGAUGUGUGCUGCUUGUGCUACUCGCGUUAUGUGGGCAAACUGCCUGCUGUCAACAUCGAUACAAAGGCUCUGCGACCCGUGAAAAACUGAGACUCCUUCUGGUCGGUAAAACAGGAUCGGGAAAGAGUGCGUCCGGAAACACCAUCCUGGGGGAUGCGAACGCUUUCAAAGAGGACGUUUCGCCCGAGUCUGUCACCGACGGCUGUCUCAGAAAAGAGGCAGAGGGCGAAGACGGAAGAAAACUCGCUGUGAUCGACACUCCAGGGCUGUUUGACACGACCAAAACGCAAGACGAGGUGAAAACGAAAAUCGAGGAGUGCGUCGAACUGUCGGCUCCCGGACCCCACGCUUUCCUUUUAGCGGUGAGCCUCAAGUCGAGGUUCACGCAAGAGGAACGCGAUGCUGUGAAGUGGAUUCGAGACAACUUUGGUGAAGAUGCCUCCACCUACGUCGUAGUUCUGUUUACGCACGGGGACCUGCUGAGGGACAGCAAGUCAGUGAAAGACUACGUGAAAGAAAGUAAGCAUCUACAGCGACUGAUAAACCAGUGCGGAGGAAGGUACCGUUCGCUCAUCAACGAUCGGAAGCAAAGCAGAAACCAAGUCGAAAGUCUUCUGGAUGAAAUGGAUGAAAUGGUGGAUUUCAACGGAGGAAACCACUACACCAACAAGAUGUAUAAGGCGGCCCAGAAGAAACUCGAAGGAGAAAGGCUGAAGAGGAGAAAGGAGGAAGAACAAAGAAAAAGGGAAGAAGAGGAGAGGAUCGAAUUGAAGGAGUGGUGUAAAUUCUUUGGCCUCGCUUCCCUGGGAUUAUUUGGCGCAGAAGCGUACUUUACAUCUUAUGUUCUCAUGGGCCUCGGUGGAGCACUUGGAUAG